UUGGCGUUGAAGAAGUUGGACGACACGAAUGAGCAAAUCAAGGUGGUUGAAAAUUGAAAUAAAUUGUUGCAGAGAAAGAAUUGACAUCCUCGACCUCAUCCAUGGCGUUGACACACACACCCCUCCUUCCUCUUCCCUCCAAAUAUACACAGCAAAUGCAACGUAGUAGUACAUAGUUAUACUAGUAUUCAAUUUCUUCAACUUUCCCUUUUCCGCCAUUUCAGUAUUUACAACUUAGACUAUACUACUACUACUACUACUGCUGUUCAUCAUCAUCAUUAUUCAUACCCAAAAAGAACCAACGCCGCUUCUUCUCGUGAUUUGCAUAAAGAAUUCCCCGCUCCCUCCCUCUCUCUGCUUUACAGUUUUCACUCCUUUUACUCCCACUGCAAUUUCGCAAAUUGCAAUUACACCCCACCCUCACUUUCUCGUGCCCUUCUUCACUGGUAGAUUGAAUUGUUAUGUUCACCCUCUAUAUAUUUCUUCCAAUAUAAUUUGUGGGGUUUUCUUGUUUCCUCCUUUUCUUUUCUUUUCUUUUUCUGUUCCUUUCUUUAUGCUCUUUUAAAAAAAAAUUUUAAUUUCCAGUUUUGAAUUGUUUUUUGCCCUCGGCUUGCUGCUUUGGUCCUUUCAACAGUGGGAUGAAGAGUGGUCCAACUUGUUGAUGUAUCCUUGUUGUUAGUCUGGAAGUGAGAGAGACAACUCGUAAUCAAUGAGGUUUGGGAUCAGUUUCUUUCAUUUUUUCUCGUCCAAUUUACUCAAAGUGGCCUCUUUUUAUGAACAAGAGAGAAUGAUUAGGUUGUGCUAAUGGUUUAUGCGUUUUCCUUUUUCUGUCUAACAGGUAUUUUCGUAUGACCACAAAUUAUAUUCUGGCAUGAUUGUCGAGUCACCUCCAUUUUGCCUUCCACGAUCAUGAGUGCGCUGCUUGGUAGACAUGAGAUAAUAGAGUUGACAGAAAGCUACGACUCUGAAUCUAAUAUUAGUAGAGACGCUGCUGGAAAGCAUCAUUUGGGGAAAUCACUAAAGAAGCCUAGUAUUGAGGAUGACAUCAACAAAAUCUUUGAAGCAAUUGAGAUUGGGAGCUCUCGUCGAGGUAUUGGUCAAUCAGAACGAUAUGUUAGAGACGCAUCACACAAAAGUGCCAUGAAGAGGCCAAUGCGAGAUGGCCCUUCUCAUGCUUCGGGUAUUGGACUUUCGGAGCCAGUGAGUUUGAAACAGGCGUUGAGAGGGUUAUGCAUCUCUCAAGCAUCGGAGAUGGCUGCAGUGAAGAAACGCAUGUCAAGGCCAUCGGCUUCUCCUGGGAUUUCAGAAGUAGGAGCUGUCAAAAAGUUGUACAGGGCUGUAGUUACUGAAGCAAGUGAAGCUGCUGCUCGGCCUCUUGACGAAGUUAAAGGGAAUUUGAUGGAGAUAUCAUUAGUACAUGAAAGAAGCUCGUCGAAUGUAUCACACAAGGCUGAAGUUUCCGAGAGAAACAGGCAGUCUUCUGUUCUUUCAGAAGAUAUCACUCCUAUUCCCACUAACGAUGGAUGCAGUCUUCCGAAUUCUGAUCCCGUGGGGAGGUUGAAAUUGCCAUAUUCAUCUGUUAACAUUGCACUUAACAAGAAAGUCGAAGAGUCUGAGAGUUCAGAGACAUCAAGUGGGCUGCAAAAGAAGCAUGUGAAAACGGAGCAAAUCAGAAGCACUGACAAAGGUUUUGGUACAUCUCAACAAAAUGUAACAACUCAAAACAUUGCGAAGAAGAAAAUUGUGCCAAAAAGGACCUUUACUAAGAAGAAUCGCAGUCACCAUAGUGAAGGGCCUAAGAAUGAUAGUGGUAACGAGACUAGCAAACUAGCCCACCAAACACCAGAUUCUGUCCUGGAGAAGCGAUGGGAAGAGUUGGAGGAAUCAUUCCCAUCAUGCUCCAUAGAUUCUAGUGCUCCUAAGAAUUAUCAUGUUCCACAUACCUUUAACAAAUCAAAGAGUGUUUUGAUGAAAGCUGAUGAAAGGUCGAGAUCAAGGGAAAAAGGAGAGUUCUCACAGAGCUCAAAAAGUAGCAUAGGAGAAUAUAGCAGCACAACAAGCUAUAGUGACGAGAGCUAUCCCAGUGGGUCUAGCCGAAGUGGCUAUCGACCUCAUAUGUCGAAGGACUUGAGAUGGGAAGCCAUAAGUUCUGUCCAGAAGCAGCACGGUAGAUUGGGCAUGACACAUUUUAAGUUGUUGAGGAAGAUUGGUGGUGGAGAUAUUGGCACGGUAUACCUCUCUCAGCUGAUUGGCACGGGCAGCGUCUUUGCCAUGAAAGUUAUAGAUAAUGAAUAUUUGAGCAGCAGAAAGAAAAUGCAGAGGGCUCAAACUGAAAAAGAGAUCCUUGAAAUUCUGGAUCAUCCUUUUCUUCCUACACUUUAUGCCCAUUUUAUGACAAAUAAGUAUCUGUGUUUAGUCAUGGAAUACUGUCCUGGGGGUGAUCUGCACGUGCUUCGCCAAAAGCAGCUCACUAGGAGUUUUCCAGAGAAAGCUGCCAGGUUCUACGCUGCUGAAAUACUCCUCGCUUUAGAGUACCUUCACAUGCUCGGUGUGGUGUACAGAGACUUGAAGCCCGAAAACAUUUUGGUUCGUGAAGAUGGUCACAUCAUGCUCUCAGACUUUGACUUAUCCCUCAGAUGUGCGGCAAAUCCUAUGCUACUCAAGUCGUCUUCUCGUGUUUCUGAGACACCAAAGAAGAUGUCCAGUCCCUGCUCGGAUUCCAGCUGCAUACAUCCCUUCUGCCUUCAACCAUCAUGGCAGCUUUCAUGUUUCACACCCAAGUUCCUAACUGCUGCAGCCAAAACCCGCAAGCUAAAAUCCGAGUUAGCUGCUCAGGUCAUCCCACUGCCUCAGCUGGUAGUCGAGCCUGUAACUGCACGAUCCAACUCCUUUGUGGGGACACACGAGUAUCUGGCUCCAGAGGUCAUCAAAGGGGAAGGUCAUGGGAGUGCAGUGGAUUGGUGGACGUUUGGGAUCUUCCUGUAUGAGCUUUUAUACGGUAAGACGCCCUUUAAAGGAUCCAGCAACGAGGAUACUAUAUCAAACGUGGUGUCACAGUGCCUCCAGUUUCCACAAUGUCCGAUGGUUAGCUCUCAAGCUCGAGACUUGAUGAGGAGGUUGCUGAAGAAAGAGGCAGAGAACAGACUUGGGUCUGCAAAGGGGGCUGCAGAAAUCAAGCAACACCCGUUUUUCGAGGGGCUUAACUGGGCGUUGAUCAGAUGUGAGACGCCACCAGAGCUGCCCAAGUUCUUUGAUUUCGGUAAUGUUAUCUCUAACACUGUUUCUCACAGUAAAAAGAGCAAGCUCCCCACAGAAUUUGAGGAGAGGGGUGAGGGGAUAGAGUUUGAGAUGUUCUAGCAAAAUCAGAAUGUGGUAUAAUCAACACUGAAAUAGAAGCCCCGCUGCUGAAGGCGUCUUCACCCACCUCGUAAAGCAAAGGAAUCUUCACUCCCAAUUCUUCAUUGAUUCCGCUGGAACCAUCAAUUAUCAUGAGGGAAAUCAAGCAGACCCAAGAAUGAUAGCAGCUGC